AUGUUAGCCUACGGCUUGGCUGCAGACGUCGUGGAUGAAUACGUUCGAAUCAGUCAGUCAACCGCUCGAGUUGCCCUUCAACGUUUUUGUGCCGGGAUCAUUGAUCAGUUCAGAACCGAGUACCUGCGAAACCCUACAACUGAUGAUUUGGCCCGAAUACUGCAUCAAAAUGAACUGCGUGGUUUUCUAGGCAUGAUAGGCAGGAUUUAUGGAUAUGGCAUUCCUUCUUUGGUAUUCCCGGAUCUUGUUAAUUAUCUUAAUGUGUUGUACCGUUCACGGGUGUUCGAUGAGGUUCUGCAUGGUCGAGCUCCUCCGGUAAAUUUUACAGUUAACGACCAUGAAUACAACAUGGCUUAUUACUUAGCCGACGACAUUUAUCCGAAGUGGGCAACUUUUAUUCAGGGUAUCACACACCCUCAACUUCAGAAGGAUAAAAUGUUCGCUGACCACCAGGCUGCUGCUCGGAAGGACGUUGAAAAAGCUUUCGGUGUUUUGCAAGCUCGAUUUGCAAUAAUACGAAAACUGUCACUGGCGUACGAUGAGGACAUACUGCGGGACAUAAUGAAAGCAUGUAUCUUUAUGCACAACAUGAUUGUUGAAGAUGAGCACCACAACUACACUCGAGCCGAAGUUCUAAGAAGCUUCUACGAAGAAGAUCAACAAGAAUUUACACCAGCAUCAACGUCUACAACGCCACCGUUUGAAUUCAACGAUAAGUUGUUCUGUGAGAGAUUCAAAUUCCCAAUUCGUAGUUUUGAGCCUUAUGAAGCAAGGUAUUGGUAUCGGAAGUUGGAUGCUGGUAUGAAAAGUUUCUGUUGUAGCUUGAUGGCUGCCCUAUCAACCUAUCAUCUUAAUGCUUCUGAAGUAACACGAGCCAUGAAGGCUACCUUUUCAUAA